CGACCUUUGACCUGCAGUAGCGCCUACGUCAGAGGCUGGCGCAAACAGAAGUGCAGCGGUGGCGGCGGCUGGUUGCGGGCCGGCGGCGGGCUGGCGGAGAUGGAGGUAACUCAGGAUCUUGUUCAAGAUGGGGUGGCUUCACCAGCUACCCCUGGGACCGGGAAAUCUAAGCUGGAAACAUUGCCCAAAGAAGACCUCAUCAAGUUUGCCAAGAAACAGAUGAUGCUAAUACAGAAAGCUAAAUCAAGGUGUACAGAAUUGGAGAAAGAAAUUGAAGAACUCAAAUCAAAACCUGUUACUGAAGGAACUGGUGAUAUUAUUAAGGCAUUAACUGAACGUCUGGAUGCUCUUCUUCUGGAAAAAGCAGAAACUGAGCAACGGUGUCUUUCUCUGAAAAAGGAAAAUAUAAAAAUGAAGCAAGAGGUUGAGGAUUCUGUAACAAAGAUGGGAGAUGCACAUAAGGAGUUGGAACAAUCACAUAUAAACUAUGUGAAAGAAAUUGAAAAUUUGAAAAAUGAGUUGAUGGCAGUACGUUCCAAAUACAGUGAAGACAAAGCUAACUUACAAAAGCAACUGGAAGAAGCAAUGAAUACGCAAUUAGAACUUUCAGAACAACUUAAAUUUCAGAACAACUCUGAAGAUAAUGUUAAAAAACUACAAGAAGAGAUUGAGAAAAUUAGGCCAGGCUUUGAGGAGCAAAUUUUAUAUCUGCAAAAGCAAUUAGAUGCUACCACUGAUGAAAAGAAGGAAACAGUUACUCAACUCCAAAAUAUCAUUGAGGCUAAUUCUCAGCAUUACCAAAAAAAUAUUAAUAGUUUGCAGGAAGAGCUUUUACAGUUGAAAGCUAUACACCAAGAAGAGGUGAAAGAAUUGAUGUGCCAGAUUGAAGCAUCAGCUAAGGAACAUGAAGCAGAGAUAAAUAAGUUGAACGAGCUAAAAGAGAACUUAGUAAAACAAUGUGAGGCAAGUGAAAAGAACAUCCAGAAGAAGUAUGAAUGUGAGUUAGAAAAUUUAAGGAAAGCCACCUCAAAUGCAAACCAAGACAAUCAGAUAUGUUCUAUUCUCUUGCAAGAAAAUACAUUUGUAGAACAAGUAGUAAAUGAAAAAGUCAAACACUUAGAAGAUACCUUAAAAGAACUUGAAUCUCAACACAGUAUCUUAAAAGAUGAGGUAACUUAUAUGAAUAAUCUUAAGUUAAAACUUGAAAUGGAUGCUCAACAUAUAAAGGAUGAGUUUUUUCAUGAACGGGAAGACUUAGAGUUUAAAAUUAAUGAAUUAUUACUAGCUAAAGAAGAACAGGGCUGUGUAAUUGAAAAAUUAAAAUCUGAGCUAGCAGGUUUAAAUAAACAGUUUUGCUAUACUGUAGAACAGCAUAACAAAGAAGUACGGAGUCUUAAGGAACAACAUCAAAAAGAAAUAUCAGAACUAAAUGAGACAUUUUUGUCAGAUUCAGAAAAAGAAAAAUUAACAUUAAUGUUUGAAAUACAGGGUCUUAAGGAACAGUGUGAAAACCUACAGCAAGAAAAGCAAGAAGCAAUUUUAAAUUAUGAGAGUUUACGAGAGAUUAUGGAAAUUUUACAAACAGAACUGGGGGAAUCUGCUGGAAAAAUAAGUCAAGAGUUUGAAUCAAUGAAGCAACAGCAAGCAUCUGAUGUUCAUGAACUGCAGCAGAAGCUCAGAACUGCUUUUACUGAAAAAGAUGCCCUUCUCGAAACUGUGAAACGCCUCCAGGGAGAAAAUGAAAAGUUACUAUCUCAACAAGAAUUGGUACCAGAACUUGAAAAUACCAUAAAGAACCUUCAAGAAAAGAAUGGAGUAUACUUACUUAGUCUCAGUCAAAGAGAUACCAUGUUAAAAGAAUUAGAAGGAAAGAUAAAUUCUCUUACUGAGGAAAAAGAUGAUUUUAUAAAUAAACUGAAAAAUUCCCAUGAAGAAAUGGAUAAUUUCCGUAAGAAAUGUGAAAGGGAAGAAAGAUUGAUUCUUGAACUUGGGAAGAAAGUAGAGCAAACAACCCAGUACAACAGUGAACUAGAACAAAAGGUAAAUGAAUUAACAGGAGGACUAGAGGAGACUUUAAAAGAAAAGGAUCAAAAUGACCAAAAACUAGAAAAACUUAUGGUUCAAAUGAAAGUUCUCUCUGAAGACAAACAAGUAUUGUCAGCUGAAGUGAAGUCUCUUUAUGAGGAAAACAAUAAACUCAGUUCAGAAAAAAAACAGUUGAGUAGGGAUUUGGAGGGUUUUUUGUCUCAAAAAGAAGAUGUUAUCCUUAAAGAACAUAUUACUGAAUUAGAAAAGAAACUUCAGUUAAUGGUUGAAGAGCAAGAUAAUUUAAAUAAACUGCUUGAAAAUGAGCAAGUUCAGAAGUUAUUUGUUAAAACUCAGUUGUAUGGUUUUCUUAAAGAAAUGGGGUCAGAAGUUUCAGAAGACAGUGAAGAGAAAGAUGUUGUUAAUGUCCUACAGGCAGUCGGUGAAUCCUUGGCAAAAAUAAAUGAGGAAAAAUGCAACCUGGCUUUUCAGCGUGAUGAAAAAAUAUUAGAGUUAGAAAAAGAGAUUAAGUGCCUUCAAGAAGAGAGUGUAGUUCAGUGUGAAGAACUUAAGUCUUUAUUGAGAGACUAUGAGCAAGAGAAAGUUCUCUUAAGGAAAGAGUUAGAAGAAAUACAGUCAGAAAAAGAGGCCCUGCAGUCUGAUCUUCUAGAAAUGAAGAAUGCUAAUGAAAAAACAAGGCUUGAAAAUCAGAAUCUUUUAAUUCAAGUUGAAGAAGUAUCUCAAACAUGUAGCAAAAGUGAAAUCCAUAAUGAAAAAGAAAAAUGUUUUAUAAAGGAACAUGAAAACCUAAAGCCACUACAAGAACAAAAAGAAUCAGAAUUACGAGAUAGGAGAGCAGAGUUGAUACUAGUAAAGGAUUCCUUAGCGAAAUCACCUUCUGUAAAAAAUGAUCCUCUGUCUUCAGUAAAAGAGUUGGAAGAAAAAAUAGAAAAUCUGGAAAAAGAAUGCAAAGAAAAGGAGGAGAAAAUAAAUAAGAUAAAAUUAGUUGCCGUAAAGGCAAAGAAAGAACUAGAUUCCAGCAGAAAAGAGACCCAGACUGUGAAGGAAAAACUUGAAUCUCUUCGAUCAGAAAAGGACCAGUUAUCUGCUUCCAUGAGAGAUCUCAUUCAAGGAGCAGAAAGCUAUAAGAAUCUUUUAUUAGAAUAUGAAAAGCAGUCAGAGCAACUGGAUGUGGAAAAAGAACGUGCUAAUAAUUUUGAGCAUCGUAUUGAAGACCUUACAAGACAAUUAAGAAAUUCGACUUUGCAGUGUGAAACAAUAAAUUCUGAUAAUGAAGAUCUCCUGGCUCGUAUUGAGACACUACAGUCUAAUGCCAAAUUAUUAGAAGUACAGAUUUUAGAAGUCCAGAGAGCCAAAGCAAUGGUAGACAAAGAAUUAGAAGCUGAAAAACUUCAGAAAGAACAGAAGAUAAAGGAACAUGCCACUACUGUAAAUGAACUUGAAGAACUUCAGGUACAACUUCAAAAGGAAAAGAAACAGCUUCAGAAAACCAUGCAAGAAUUAGAGCUGGUUAAAAAGGAUGCCCAACAAACCACAUUGAUGAAUAUGGAAAUAGCUGAUUAUGAACGUUUGAUGAAAGAACUAAAUCAAAAGUUAACUAAUAAAAACAACAAGAUAGAAGAUUUGGAGCAAGAAAUAAAAAUUCAAAAACAGAAACAAGAAACCCUACAAGAAGAAAUAACUUCAUUACAGUCUUCAGUACAACAAUAUGAAGAAAAAAACACCAAAAUCAAGCAAUUGCUUGUGAAAACCAAAAAGGAACUGGCAGAUUCAAAGCAAGCAGAAACUGAUCACUUAAUACUUCAAGCAUCUUUAAAAGGUGAGCUGGAGGCAAGCCAGCAGCAAGUAGAAGUCUAUAAAAUACAGCUGGCUGAAAUAACAUCAGAGAGGCACAAAAUCCACGAGCACCUGAAAACCUCUGCGGAACAGCACCAGCGUACGCUAAGUGCAUACCAGCAGAGAGUGACAGCACUACAGGAAGAGAGCCGUGCUGCCAAGGCAGAACAAGCUACUAUAACCUCUGAAUUUGAGAGCUACAAAGUCCGAGUUCAUAAUGUUCUAAAACAGAAAAAUAAAUCUAUGUCUCAGACUGAAACUGAGGGCGCUAAACAAGAAAGGGAACAUCUGGAAAUGCUGAUUGACCAGCUAAAAAUCAAAUUACAAGAUAGCCAAAAUAACUUACAGAUUAAUGUAUCUGAACUUCAAACAUUGCAGUCUGAACAUGAUACACUGCUAGAAAGGCACAACAAGAUGCUGCAGGAAACUGUGUCCAAAGAGGCAGAACUCCGGGAAAAAUUGUGUUCAAUACAGUCAGAGAACAUGAUGAUGAAAUCUGAACAUACACAGACUGUGAGUCAGCUAACAUCCCAGAACGAGGUCCUUCGAAAUAGCUUCCGAGAUCAAGUGCGACAUUUGCAGGAAGAACACAGAAAGACAGUGGAGACAUUACAGCAGCAGCUCUCCAAGAUGGAAGCACAGCUCUUCCAGCUUAAGAAUGAACCGACCACAAGAAGCCCAGUUUCCUCUCAACAAUCUUUGAAGAACCUUCGAGAAAGGAGAAACACAGACCUCCCGCUUCUAGACAUGCACGCUGUAACCCGGGAAGAGGGAGAAGGCAUGGAGACAACUGAUACGGAGUCUGUGUCUUCCGCCAGCACAUACACACAGUCUUUAGAGCAGCUGCUUAACUCUCCCGAAACUAAACUUGAGCCUCCAUUAUGGCAUGCUGAAUUUACCAAAGAAGAAUUGGUUCAGAAGCUCAGUUCCACCACAAAAAGUGCAGAUCACUUAAACGGCCUGCUUCGGGAAACAGAAGCAACCAAUGCAGUCCUUAUGGAGCAAAUUAAGCUUCUCAAAAGUGAAAUAAGAAGAUUGGAAAGGAAUCAAGAGCGAGAGAAGUCUGCAGCUAACCUGGAAUACUUGAAGAACGUCUUGCUGCAGUUCAUUUUCUUGAAACCAGGUAGUGAAAGAGAGAGACUUCUUCCUGUUAUAAAUACGAUGUUGCAGCUCAGCCCUGAAGAAAAGGGAAAACUUGCUGCGGUUGCUCAAGCAGACUCUGUCUUCUCUGCUUGCACACUUUGUUGAAGCAAGCUACCAUCCCAGAGGCAAGGAACACAGGCCAUCAGUUUAGCGGCCUUGAGGAACUAAGUUCUUCCAACUACCACAUAAGUUUGGAAUUAGAUUCUUCUCCAGUCCAGCCUUCAAAUGAGACCCCAGCCAUGCCAACAUCUUGAUUGCAGCCCUGUGAGAGACCUUGAAAUAGAACCAUUUCUGAUCUCCUGACCCACAGAAACUGUGAAAUAAAUAUGUGUUAAGGUACUGUUUGUAAUUUGUUACGCAGCAGAUUGUAAAUAAUACGCAGAUAAAACCAGACAGAACAGAAAAAUAAAAUGGCUUUAACUCUAGAAAAUUUCCCCAUGUAAAAUUUUGAAAAUGCUACUCUGCCUAAGGUCAAACUGUCAUACAUAUAUACGUAUGAAAACACAGAAAGGUGUCUGGAAGGGUAAUACCAAAUUAAAUCUUUAUCCAAGAGGAAUGAAAACCAGUAUUCACACAAAAACCUAUGCACAAACCUUGUGAAUAUAUGAAAAACCAGUGAAUUAUGCACUUUAAAAAGGUGAAUUAUGUGGUAUAUGAAUUAUAUCUCCAAAACAUUUAAAAACCUGUACACAAUUAUUCAUAGAAACUUUCUUUAAAAUUGCUAAAAACGAGGAAGAUGUGAGUUAUCCUUCAACUGGCAAAUGAAUAAACUGGUACAGCCAUGCAAUUGAAUACUGCUCAGCAAUAAAAAAGAGUGCACUGCCAGUACAGCAACAUGGAUAAUUCUCAAAUGCCUUAUGCCAGUUGACAGAGGUCAGACUCAAAAUACUAUGUACAGUGUGAUUCUACUUAUAUGACACUCUGAAAAAAGCAGAACUAUAAGGACAGAAAACAGGUUAGUGGUUGCCAAGGAGUGGGAGAAGCAGCCAGGGAGAACUUUGAGGAGGUAAAAAUGUGCCAGGCCUUUGUCGGUGGUGGUACGUAACUGUGCAUUUGUCAAGACUCAGUGCUAUACACUGAAAAGGGCAGGUUUUACUAUAAGUAAGUUGUACCUCAAUAAGCAUGAUUUUUAAAUGAUUAAAACUUUGGUUUUUGUUUGUUUUGGUUCAGUUUUAAGGUUUACCAUAAAUCUAUUGGUUUUAGAUUCUAAGUUGUAUAUAAGCUUCUGUUUUAAAAGAAUUUUUUUUUAAAUCCUCAUCGUCAACAAUACUUAGUUGUGCUGGAAAUUUUAUUUUGGAAUUGUUUAAUGGAGAAAAAUAAUGUUCAAGAACAGACAUUGAUUCAUAACAUCAAAGUAUAUUGUGAGAAGACGGUAUUUCAGAAUAGAGGAAGAAUUUCUUAUGUGCUGGUAGGAUUGUUUGUAAAUAAUCAUUUCUGCAUGAUUUUCAUAGCUGGAUUUCUUUAAUAAAGCCAUUUAAAGGUUAAGUUCUAGAUUGCUUCAUGUUGCUUAUCAAUGUUUUAAAGCUAAAAUAUAAAAUUAGCUGUUAAGUUGGCUCAACCGGAAAUUCAGUAUAUCCUUUAAAAAGAGAAAUUUAGUAAGUAAUAUGUCUAAAGAAUGACAUAUGGAUGGGUACAGUGGCUCGUGACUGUAAUCCCAACAAUGUGAGGCUGAAGUGGGAGGAUCACUUGAGCCCAGGAAUUUGAGACCAGCCUGGAAAACAGUGAGACCCGCAUCUCUACAAAAAAACAAAAAAUUACCCAGGCAUGGUGGCACACAGCUUGUGGUCCCAGUUACUUGGGAGACUGAGGUGGGAGAAUCACUUGAGCCUGGGAGAUCAAGGCUGCAUUGAAGUCUCAUCACGCCACUGCACUCCAGCCUGGGUGACAGAGCAAGACCCUGUCUCAAAAAAAAAGAACGCCCCCCCCCCCAAAAAAAAGGCAUGUAAUCAGUAAAAAACACAUUAUUUGCUUAUAUUGUAGAGUGGUUCUAAAAUAUAGAUUUUUACAUUGAGAAAUUUUAAUACUCUCUUUUUUCUUUUUUUUUCUUUUUUUUUUU